AUCCGAGGGGGGAGAGAGGGAAGUAUUUGUUGAAUGCUGUGUACUUUUUUGUAAUUUAUCAUGUUAAUCUUUUUUAAAAUUAAUUAUUUUUUUGGCUGUGUUGGGUCUUUGUUGCUGGGCGCGGGUUUUUUUCUAGUUGCCGCAAGCGGGGGCUACUCUUUCGUCGCAGUGGGCAGGCUUCCCAUUGCGGUGGCUUCUCUUGUUGUGGAGCACGGGCUCCAGUGGUUGUGGCACGCGGGCUCAGUAGUUGUGGCUCACGGGCUCUAGAGCGCAGUCUCAGUAGUUGUGGCGCACGGGCUCAGUUGCUCAGCGGCAUGUAGGAUCCCGGACCAGGUUUCGAACCCGUGUUCCCUGCAUUGGCAGGCGGAUUCUUAACCACUGCGCCACCAGGGAAGCGUGAAUGCUAUGUACUUUUAUUUCCACUGGCCUAACAAGACUGCGCAUUUUGUAGAUGAGGAAACUGAGUCACAACAAAUAAUUGCUGAACUCCUUGGGGUCACAGGCGUUGAAGUGGCUUUGAGCCACCCACUCGGACCACCCUUGGCUGCAGCCUCAGGCCCCAGAUCCCUCCCACUCCAUCGGAGCCAGCCCUUGGCCCCUUCCUGCCCAGUGCCACAGGAGUCUUGAAGAACGGCGCAAACGCCCGGUCGCUGCUUGGAGAGAUGCUCGGGUAAGAGUAAGCAGGACAGCAUACAGUUGAACCAACACGGGUCUGCAAACAAGUUCCCGAAUAGGACGCGCUCGUGCGCACGCGCGGGCACGCUCAUGGGCGGGACCUCGACCUCAGGUCCCGCCCAGCCGCCGUACGUUUCCUCUUCCGAGGAGAGGCGGGGCCGCAGCGCCCGCGGGAAACGCGGUCCCGGGUUGCUCGGCUGGCAACAGCGGCGGGAAUGGCAAGCUUGGGGAGUUUGGUCCUGCGGCCUUGGAUUCGAGAGCUGGUUCUAGGGUCAGAGGCACUCUCAAGCCCGCGGGCGGGGCAGCUGCUCAAGGUACUGCAGGAGGCCGAGGCCCCGGGCCCGUCCCGCGCUCCCGACACGUCUGAAGGGGCCACGCUACUUGUGUCCGACGGGACCCACAGUAUUCGAUGCUUGGUGACGCGGGAGGCUCUGAACGCCUCGGACUGGGAGGAGAAGGAGUUCGGUUUUCGAGGGGCCGAAGGCCGGCUGCUGCUACUGCAAAACUGCGGGGUCCGCGUCCAAGUCGCCGAGGCAGGCGCGCACGCGGAGUUCUACCUCCAGGUGGACCGCUUCAGCCUGCUGCCCACGGAGCAGCCCCGGGAACGGGUGACUGGUUGCAACCAGGACCCGGAUGUGCGGAAAAAGCUCUAUGAUUGCUUGCAGGAGCACCUUUCAGAGUCCACCUCCCCCAGUGCAGGCCUUUCACUGUCCCAACUUCUGGAUGAGGUAGAGGAGGACCAGGAGCAUCGGGGGGCGCUAGUGAGCCUGGCUGAGAGCUGUCUGAAGCUGGCAGGCCCUUGCACAGCACCCCCCCUCACCCGCUGGGCGGCCUCACGCUGCAGAGCCACGGGAGAAGCUGUGUACUCUGUCCCCAGCCUAUGGCUGCACAUCUCUGAGAAUGACCAGCAAAUCCUGAGCUCUCUGGGCCCAGGUCAGAGGGCACAGGGCCCUGAGCUACCCCCACCACACCCGGCUCUACAGGACCUAUCGCUGACUCUCAUCUCCUCUCCUCCUUCCUCACCCAGUUCCUCAGGAGCCCCUGCCCUACCCAGCCACAUGCUGUCAGAGGAAAGUGGUGCCAGUAUCAGCCUUCUACCUGCCUUGCCCUUGGCUGCUGCAGACCCAGCGCAGAAGGGCAGCUCCCAGCCCCUGUCAGCCAUCUGCUCAGCCCAUGGCCCCCUGCCCCCCAGUUCCCCACACCCCAGCCAUGUACCCAACUCCCCACCCCUGAGCUGCACCCCAAGUCUGUCACCCCUUGGCCAUGCCCCCAGUCUACACCAAGCCCCUGUAACCAUGGCCCAGAGACCUAGUCUGGAGUUCAAGAAGCUAGAGUUACCCCCUAAGACUCGGCAGCCCUCUCCAAGGACAAGAACCACCAAGGAAGCCCUGGAGUCCAGCUCUGUCUGGGACCCCGCAAAGACGCAUCGUGACGGUUCUGCCUUCCAAUAUGAGUACGAGCCACCCUGCCCCUCCCUGUGUGCCCAGGUCCAAGCUGCCAGGCUCCCUCCCCAGCUUGUGGCCUGGGCCUUGCACUUUCUGAUGGAGCCACAGCCAGAGGCUGAACUAACCCAGGUGUGAGGGGUCGUGAGCACGUGGGAGGAUGCGUGCACGGGUCCGUGCCUGGGGGUGGAUAAACAGGGCUUCACACCA